CCUGUAACCUGGUCGAACUGACGCUAAUUACGAUCGCAUGGAAAAUCAGAGUGAGGCAGUUCUUCAAGAGAAAGGAAAAAGGUGAUGGAGCUGAAGGUGUGGGUGGAGGGCGUGGCCAGAGUGGUGUGUGGCCUAUCACUGAACACUUCCUGUCAGGAUGUCGUCAUCGCUCUUGCAAAAUCGCUUGGUCAGACAGGUCGUUACAUUCUUGUCGUGAAGCUACGAGAGAAGGAGAGACAGCUAGUUGCGGACGACUGUCCUCUUCAGCAUCUGUCUCAGCUGGGACAGCUGGCUGCGGAGGUCCAGUUCAUUCUGCGGAGGACCGGUCCGAGCCGCAGCGAUGGUCCAGACACGCCCGGCAGAGAGAGACGGUUCCUCCCGCCGGGUCCAUCAGAACCAGAGACCCUCAAACAGUCACACAAGGCUCUCACCUUCAGCCUGGGUUCAUCAACACAGCCCAAGAGGACUAAACCAAACCGGGCCUGGUCUCCGUCGCCCAGAGCCUCACCAGAACCCAGAGCUUCACCCGUCGCUUUCCUAGAGCCUCUCAACUCCCCCAAGGAGGAGGUGUUCAGGCAGAUUCUGCAGCAGCAGAGGAGGCUGAAAGACCUGGAGGUCCAGCUUCAGUCUCUGGAGAGAGAGACCGAGCUGUGGGAGCGGGAGAUGUCAGCAUCUGUCGCGGUUCCUGGUGUGGAUCCUGUCACCGAAGGCGAACUGGAGGAACUGGAGCAGCUGCUGAGGCAGAACGAGGCGGAUCUGAUGCACAGAAACCAGUGGGAGGAAGAGUUACAGGAGGAGCUGGACAGAGAAGAAGAUAUGCACAGACGUCUGCACCAGCUACACUCAUCGGUAGGUGAUCAAAGUCAUCAGAUGGAGGAGCUCCGAGUCCGUUCUGCACAUCUGGAGCAGGACGUGCAGCUCGGAGCCCAAAGACAGAAGGAGGCGCUGAGGCCUCUGAAGCAGGAGCUCCUCUCCCGGCUGCAGCAGGGAGAAGGUCUGGAGGCGGCGCUGUCAGAGACUCUGAGGGAUCUACAGACAGAGGAGGAGAAGCUGCAGGGCCGACGGGAGCUGAUUGAGGAGCUGAAUAAGGAGCUGAGACAGUGUAAGCUGCAGCAGUUUAUCCAGAAGACCGGCAGUCCAAACGCAGACCAGAUAAACCUGCCGUGCGCUGAAGUUUACCUCAGCUGUGCUGGUAUAAUGGAGUGACUGACAUCACGAACUGGAAGUAAAACGUGUUCCCUGAAAGAGUGUGUGUGUGUGUGUGUGUGUGUGUGUGUGUGUGUGUGUGUGUGUGUGUGUGUGUGUGUGUGUGUGUGUGUGUGUGUGUGUGUGUGUGUGUGUGUGUGUGUGUGAGAUAAGCCAAUCAUUGCCACUUUCUUUGUAAAAAAAUAAAUUAAAAUAAGAUUAUCUUUGAAAUAAAUUAAAAUACAUUUUGAUGUUACUGCUAAAAAUGAAUGUUUUUAUUUUUUUUCUUGUGUAUAUUUUAUACUUGAUCUUGUCAC